AUGGCUGUGGGGGCUGCAACAAAUGACCAAGCGCUGCCAACAACGGUACAAACAAAGUCCACAGAAAAUGGCGGACGGGGACGGCGAAACAUUGUCACCAGCAUCAACUAUUAUGACGAUCCCGGUGACGGCUCCCCUCCGACCCCAGUCAUUGUUGGGGGCCAAAAAGUCACAAAUGAGAGGAAAAUGACACCUCGCACCAUGACUGUGACCGAUGUCACCGGCGACGAGGACAAGUUCACCCUCGACACCCACGGCUUCCAGUACCUCCGCCAUGCCAGUGUCGAAACGGAAUUCACAGACGAGGCGCAUAUCAAAGCCCACUACUACCCUGAGGUGGAACGGCUCUACAAAGAAAUCACCGGGGCCAGCAGAGUCGUUAUAUUCAAUCAUCAAAUUCGUCGUGGGCCGGCCAAUUGGCAUAGCCUGGGCGAGCGCAACACGGAGCACCGCGGACCGCUGCACAAAGCGCACGUCGAUCAGUCUUACGACGGCGCUAUCAUGAUGGCGAGGCAUCACCUCGGCGCCGAGGCCGACGAGUUGCUGGAUGGAAGGCGCUUCCAGAUCAUCAACCUCUGGCGGCCAAUCAAGACGGUCCAGAAAGACCCCCUGGCCGUCGCCGACGGGAACACGGUGGCCGAGGCGGACCUCGUCGCGGGGGCCAUCAUCUACCCGAGGCACCGGGCUGAGACGUGGACCAUAAAGCCGAACCCGGGGCACCGGUGGUACUACAAGAACCAGCAGCGGCCGGAUGAGCCCCUUCUCAUCAAGUGCUUCGACUCGGACACGUCGGUGGUCAGGAGGGCGGCGCAUUGUGCUUUUCGGGACCCGGAGAUGGAUGACAUGGAGUGUAGGCAGAGCAUCGACAUCCGGGCCUUAGUGUUCCACUGA